ACAGUGAGCAGUGACUUGCUUCGCAGUGACAGUUGUUUAUCAAUCAAUACCGAUACGCAAUAACUUCAAAAACUUGGUGAAAUUGUUGGGUGUCUGUUAGUCUUUUUGUCGCAGAGGAAGAUUGAGGACAAAGUGAGAUAAAUUACGAGAAGCAAAAAUGACAAACGCGCUAGCGCUUUGUCUAAUCGUUACACUCUUUUGUUGUUCAAAUUUGUCAUCAGCGCGACAGAUACCUAAAGAAUGCUCUAGAGGUCCCGAAGUAUGGUGUCAAAGCUUGAAGCAGGCGGCGGACUGCGGCGCCGUGGGGCACUGCGUCUCCAGCGUGUGGGCGCACGAGCAGCAGCCAAUCAGGACGAACGACGUGGCCGUCAAGUUCGUCGCGCUCUUCAAGGAGCUCAAGGACAUCAGUGAACUUAUUAAUGAAGAGUACCUAGGUCUCCGCGUGAAGGCGGCGUGCCGCAGCCUGCCGCCGGCCGCGGCCCGGCUCUGCAAGCAGAACACGGCCGGGUUCGACACGUACCUCAGCCAUGUGCUGGCCUCCAAGACCUCCCCGGAGACCGUCUGCCGCGUCGUCGGCAUGUGCAAUAACGAGAAGCUCGACAAAAUCCUUCAAAAGAAGGCCGAGCCAAAACCAAACAAAGGGCACCUGUUGGGUAGUUCACAAUGCACUUGGGGACCUUCGUAUUGGUGCAGCAACUUCAGCACUGGUCGGGAAUGCAAAGCCACGCACCACUGCAUCGAGCGAGUGUGGAGCCAAAUGACCUUCCCCGAGGACACCGACGACAUCUGCAAGAUCUGCACCGACAUGGUCACCCAGGCCAGGGACCAGCUCGAGAGCAACGAGACUCAGGAGGAGCUAAAGCAAGUGUUCGAAGGCUCGUGCAACCUGAUCCCCAUCAAGAUAGUGCGCAAGGAGUGCACCAAGCUGGCGGACGACUUCGUGCCCGAGCUGGUGGAGACGCUGGCCUCGCAGAUGAACCCGCAGGCCGUGUGCUCCGUCGCGGGGCUGUGCAACAACGCCAAGAUCGACCUCAUGCUGGAGGACUAUCGCGCCCAGCUGGCUUUGAGGAGCAGUUGCUCGAGCUGCCAGCAAACCGUGACCGUCGUCAGGAACAAGUUCGACGCCACCAGCUACGAAGACUUCCUCGUGGGACUGUUGCAGCUCUGCGGUAAAGCCGGCUCCUUAUCCGACUCGUGCUCGAUGCUCGUGUUCAAAUACUACGAGAACAUCUUGGCCAUGCUGAAGAAGGACCUUACGCCUGACAGCGUCUGCCACGUGAGCGGGCAGUGCAACUACCGCUUCCACAGUCACGACCGUUACACCUUCCCCGUUGCCAAGGAGCUCACUGACGUCGAGGAUGUGCCGUGUGAAUUCUGCGAAAAAUUGGUAUCCCACCUGCGUGACGUUCUCGUCGCUAACACCACCGAAAUCGAGUUCCAUAAGAUUUUAGUUGGUCUUUGCAAACAGACGGGCGAGUUCAAGAGCGAAUGCCUGUCCCUGGUGGAGCAGUACUCUGACGAGAUCUACCGCGCGCUGGUGACGGGUCUGAACGGCUACGAGCUGUGCUCCAUGAUCGGCAUCUGCGGCAAGAGCGUCGAGGUCCCGGUGGCGCCGCUCGUGCCCAGGGAGCUGGCUGUCAAAGCUGUGCCCUUGUCCUCCAAACUGAUUGGCGCUGACGAAGCUAAUAGCUACAGUACUGAGAAGGUAGGUUUCGUCGAGGUCCCGGUGCAAAUAAACCUGCGCAUCCUGGGCUCGGACCCGAACACGCCCGCCGUGCCCGACCUGCCCAUCGAGCGCAUGUUCGUGCGCGUGCCGCCGCCGCAGGGCAAGGCCGCCUGCUCCUUCUGCCAGUACUUCAUGCACUACCUGCAGGUCGAGCUCAGCGACUCCGCCAACGAGGACAAGAUUAAGGCGACAGUAGAGAAGGCGUGCGUCAAGCUGCCCAGGUCUCUGGACGGCGAGUGCAAGCAGUUCGUCGAGGAGUACGGCGCCGCCGUCAUCGCGCUACUCGUGCAGGAGAUUGACCCCGCAAGCGUAUGCCCAGGACUAGGCAUAUGCCCACAAACCCAGGAGAUCAAGCGCGUGACUAAACCCGUGCAGAAAUCCAACUGCGCGCUCUGCCUAUUCGCCGUGGAACAGCUCAACCAGAUGAUCCAGACUAAUCGUACCGAGGCGGCCAUCCAAGCAGCCCUCGACGGGCUCUGCAAUCACCUCUCCGACAAGUCGCGCCUCCAAUGCGUGGACUUCGUGGACACGUACAGCAAGACCCUCAUCGACAUGCUGGUGAAGAACCUGGACGCGCAGCAGAUCUGCGUGUACCUGCGGCUCUGCACCGCCAACCUGGAGGACCCGCUGAAGGUCACCAGCCAGAGCAUCGACAAGUGGUUCGCGCAGCCCAGGAUCAAGCCCAGGAAGGGAAUCUCCCUGCUGCCGGACUCUAUGAAGCAGAAGGAUGCUGAUAUCGAAACGAACGAAAUCCCCGACAACACAGUGAACGGGCGCGUAGUGAAGCAGCCGCAGGCCAACACGGUGUGCGUCAUGUGCGAGUUCGUCAUGAAGGAGAUCGAUGACGAAAUCAAGGAUAAACACAAUCAGGACGAGAUUAAAAACGUAGUGCACGGCAUCUGCAAGCGCAUGCCCAAGUCGGUGAAGGCCGACUGCGACCAGUUCGUGGAGAAGUACGCGGACCUGGUCAUCAGCCUGCUGGCGCAGGAGCUGCAGCCCGACGAGAUCUGCCGCGAGCUCAAGCUGUGCGACUCCAGCCGUGCCAUCUCCACCAUCAGAGAGGACGUGCUGAACUGCGCUGUGUGCGAGACUGUGGUGGUGGCCGUAAAGAAAGUGAUCAGCAACGACAAGGUCGACCACGACAUCGUGCACAUCGUCGAGAAGUCGUGCUCUCUGCUGCCCGCCAAGUACUCGCAGAGGUGCCACACCCUGAUGGAGAUCUACGGCGACUCCGUGAUCCACCUGAUCGAGCAGUACGGCACCAAGGCCGUGUGCCAGAAGAUCGGCCUCUGCGCCGACACCAACGCCGCCUUCGUGCACUUGCACUCGCGCAACCAUUGAGUAUGCCACAGCGAGGUGGCGGUUAUCAGCAAUCUCCAGUUAAAAUAAGCCAUGUUUUUUUACCAAAUUUUGUAGCUGUAAGUUGAUAUCAUUUCAUUAAACCUACUGUGACUAUUACAUAGGCAGGAAAGUAGGAGAUUAUUACGCGUUUUAUCCUAUGAAACUAGUGAAUGUAUAGAUAUAUUUUUCUAAAGGACUGUACUUAUUGGAAACGGAGGGAUUGAGUAGUGGUCACAGUCGUUUUAAAUUCAAAUAACUCAUAUAACCCAGUUCACAGCAAUAAAUAUCAUAACUUUUAACAAUUUCAAACCUUUUUUGCUUUAAUUUCUGUGUAACGAUUAAUUUUAAGAGGGUAUUUAGUUUAUUUGUGCAAGUACGUAAAAUAAUUGAGACUUAAUCAAGUAUAAUUUGUUUUAUUCACAGCCUAUGUUAACUAUUAUUCAUUGUUCAAUAGGUUCACUUUAGCCUGUGAUAAACUGAUUUGUAACAUGUUUCUAUGAAUAAAAUUUGAGAAAAUGU